AUGAGUGGAGAGUCCAAUGCUGUGCGUGAUGACGCUGAACUAUGGUCCGGGAACAAGCUGACCUCCAAGCAGACGAAGAAGCCGUUCAAGGUUAUCGUGGUAGGCGCUGGCAUCGGUGGCCUAGCCGCAGCAAUAUCGUGUCUGCGCGGCGGAUGUGAAGUGACUGUUCUCGAAAAGGCACCGGCAAUAUCACCUAUAGGCGCUGGAAUUCAGAUUCCGCCAAACGCUGCUCGUGUCCUCCAAUAUUUUGGCCUCGAGCAAAAGAUCCGCGACGCUGGGGCCAUUCAAGUCAAAGCUAACCACCUCAAGCGCUACAAAGAUGGAAAGAUCCUCUGUAGCCGGUGGGGUACCGACAAGAUGGUCAAGGAGUUCAACGGUCCUUGGUUUGUCAUCCAUCGGGCAGACUAUCAUAGCGUCCUCCUCGAUGAAGUGUCCCGACUCGGGGGCAAACUCCAACUGAACGCGGAAGUGGUCGAUGUCAAAGCAUCGGCCGAGAGACCCAAAGUGGUACUUCGGACAGGUGAAGUUAUCGAUGCAGAUGUUGUCGUUGGGGCGGAUGGUACGUGGUCAAUCCCGAAUUCGUGGCUGAGAGUGCUGACAAUGUCUCGGCAACCAUCGCCUCCUGAGCCGACUGGGGAUCUCGCAUACCGGGGGACAUUCUCUCGCGCGCAACUUGAGGCGUUUCAGGAUCCUCGCGUCGACGAACUGAUCAACUCACGCUGCACCUACAACUGGGUGGGACCAGACCGACACAGCGUCUUUUAUCCAGUCAAGAAUGGCGAUGCAUUCAACCUGGUUCUCAUUCGCCCUGAUAAUCUGCCUUCUGGGUCCAGAACGGAAGCGGGUGAUGUUGACGAGAUGCGGAUGACAUAUGAAGGCUGGGAUCCUGUGCUUGCAAAGAUCAUAUCCUGCCAUGACACCGUCUUGAAAUGGAAGCUGUGUCACCAUGAAGAACUCCCGACUUGGGUCAAAGACAACGUUGUGGUCCUUGGAGAUGCGUCUCAUCCCAGCCUGCCCUACCAAGCACAAGGAGCCGCCAUGGCCGUAGAAGACGGUCUAGUGCUUGGGCUUCUGCUCGGCCGACUCCAAGCCAGCGACAGAGUCCCCGACGAGGAGAAACGAGCCUCGAUAAACUCUGUUCUUCGACUGUUUGAGUCGCUGCGCAAGAAGAGAACUACAACCAAUGUGAAAGGAGCUAUUGCCAACCGGUACAUGUUUCACAUGCACGAUGGUCCCGAGCAAGAAGCUCGAGACAGAGAGCUGGCAGAGGCAGACUGGGAGAAGCCGUGCCGGUGGGGUUGGGCCGAUAUCAAUUACCAGAGGAAGAUGUUGGGAUUCGACUCUGUGGCAGAUACCAACAGGGCGUUUGAAGUGUGGCUCUCGGAGGGAGGGAAACUGUAG